GCGUCAGUUGUCAAUGUCAACUGCGGACAACGUCAACACGUUCAAUUUUUAAAUAAUGUAAACAGAAUGAACAAGUAAAACAUAAAUAAAUUUUUCCUAUUAAACUAAAUAGACUCGGUUGAUGUUUCAACUUACAAUUUACAAAAUUCUUGAUUUUUAAAGCAUUAACUCGGAUUUAAUGAAUUAAUAUGAACGUGAUGGAAAGAAAAAGAAAUAAAACCAAAAACGCUGUUUCCUCCCAAAUGGAAAAUGGUGAAUUAAUAUCGACUUCUUCAUCAUCAUUCAGCAACAUUAAAGGAGAUGAAAGAAAUAUUUUUUUGUUAUUUUUCUUAUAUACCUUACAGGGAAUUCCAUUAGGACUUUCAGCUGCAAUUCCUAUGAUUUUACAAAAUAAAGGAGUUAGUUACAAACAACAGGCUGAAUUUAGUUUUGUGACUUGGCCAUUCAGUCUAAAAUUGUUAUGGGCUCCCAUAGUUGAUUCAAUAUAUUCUACUAGGAUAGGUCGUAGAAAAACAUGGUUAAUACCUACACAGUAUUUGAUUGGAGCAUUCAUGUUACUACUAUCGAAACAUGUUUACAGAUGGCUUGGAGAAGAUGGGAGUCCUCCUAAUAUUGAAAUUUUGACUUUGUUGUUUUUUUCCCUAAAUUUCUUAGCGGCAACGCAAGAUAUUGCAGUUGAUGGGUGGGCAUUAACCAUGCUCAAAAAACAGAAUGUUGGACAUGCAUCAACUUGUAACAGCGUAGGUCAAACUACAGGGUUUUUCCUGAGCUAUGUUUUGUUCAUGGCUUUAGAGUCUUCCACUUUUUGUAAUCAGUAUUUAAGAAGCAUUCCUCAAGACGAAGGUAUGCUUACGUUAUCUGGGUUUCUCUACUUCUGGGGCUUGGUAUUUUUAGUCACCACUACAAUUGUGGGUCUGUUAAAAAAAGAAGAUGAGCCACGAUCUGCUGAAACUACUAAACCUGAUAGGGAUAUAAAACAAGCAUACAUUUCUCUAAAAUAUAUAUUAUCGUUGAAACCAGUUCAAACUUUAGUCGUAAUACUACUGACAUGUAAGAUUGGAUUUUCGUCUACAGAUAGCGUGAUGGCUUUAAAGUUAGUUGAAGCAGGUAUCCCAAAAGAAAGAUUGGGACUUAUGGCGAUUCCUUUAAUUCCUUUACAAUUAGUUAUGCCUCUGGUUAUAGCCAAAUACACUACAGGACCAAAACCGCUUGACAUAUUUUUAAAAGCGAUACCUUAUAGGCUAGCUUUUGGAUUUGUUGCAGCGUUCUUAGUUUGGAUCACACCAACUUUUGUUCCUGAUGCAUCACAGGGCUUACCAAUUCUAUACGUAGCUUUUCUAUUGAUUUGCUAUGCACUUCAUCAGGUUUGCGUGUAUUGUAUGUUUGUUGCACUAAUGGCGUUUUUUGCAAAAAUUAGUGACUCAUCAGUUGGGGGUACCUACAUGACUUUAUUGAACACAUUAACCAAUUUAGGAGGCAAUUGGCCAGCAAUAUUAGCACUAUAUUUUGUGGACCCGCUUACUUGGAAACAAUGUGAAGGUGGAGCAGAAAGUCUAGAUAAUACUUGUAGAACUACUGUAGAAAAAGAUCUUUGCAUCAGUAAAGGAGGUCAAUGCGUUACAAUUCUAGAUGGCUUUUAUAUAGAAACGUUAAUAUGUAUUGUAAUAGGAUUCCUGUGGUACCUUUGGGGCGCAAAAAGAAUUCGACACAUCCAAUUGUUAGGUGAAAAUGCCUGGAAAUUGAAAUUGAAUAAAAAAUCAGGAAAAAGAUAGUAUAAUGAAAUUUAUUAGACUAUUGUAAAUAUGUCUUAUUAAAUUGAGUGAUUUUUUACUGUGAAAUUGUGCUCUAGGACAAAAAAUUAAUAUGUUUCUCAUGAUCUAUGUCUACACUAACUAUAAUAAUAAUCCAAAUAACACACAGAAUAAAUUUUUAAUUGAUUUAUUAAAUCAGAGAAUAUUUUGUUAAUUUUUACGUCAAUUUGGAAUUCUCCUCAAUGUUUUUUUUUUUUUCAGAAAUUGAUAGUUAUAUACGUAUAAACAGGUUUUAUUCAUAUUUUUUUAAAUUCAUUCCUGAUUUCGAGAAAAAAAAUUAUAGUCAUGGUUUUUGUAGUUUCAAGCGUUUCAUUCGUUAUUUGACAUUUGACAAAGUUGCCUAUUAAUUGACGACAGACGUGAAGGCUCCAAUGCCAUUAUCUAAAACUGCGUAAUUUCUAGACAUUUCUAUUGGUUUACAAACUUGUGUUGUAGUGAUUAUAACUGAUUAUUGGAUUAUAAUAAUUAAAUAGUAAUAAUUCGAAAAUGGUCUAAUUUAAAUACGUUAUGAGGUUAGAUACUUUGUUUUUUUGAUUUGUUAUAAAUAAUUAAUGAUUACUUGUUGAUUAAUUUUUCUUUUUAUUAUAAUAUCGCUGUGUUUAAAAAGUAUAUACACAGAAGUAAUCCAGGGGUAAUUCUUAUAGUUUAGGGUCCUAAUCUAAUUAUUGCUUUUAUACAAAUAUAAUAAUGCUGCUUUAUAUAGAUUACACUAAAUUACAAUGUAUAUAAUAUAGGUAAUAUAAAAGCCUUUGCUUAAAGGAUAGGCGUUCAGUAUACUUUAUUUUUUGCUGUUCUUUUUUGUGAGAUGAAAUAUAUGUUGGAUAAGCAUCUUGUACCAAAUUGUUUAAAUUCAACGGAUAUUUCUCCAAACAAAACAUUUAUAUUUAUCUCAGGAAUUUGAAUAUGAGAAAAUGGCGGUUUCGGGCUAUAGCACUUUAUAAAAACUAUAAAAUACUGUUGCGAAGAUCAUUUCAAUAUAUGUCGCUACAUUAAAAACUAUUUUUUUAUAAGGUAACAUAUAUAAUAAAUUAUAAAUAUGGUCAUGAUACAUUUAUUUAUAUGAUUUAUAAAUUUAUAUUAGUAAACUGCUGUAAAAAUUUCGAUAAAAAUAUAAACAUACAAAAGACAAUUAGGUUGGAACAUAACACACAACUGACUGUUAAUAUAAAUACAGCGUUUAGGAAUUGAUCCAAACUAUUCUGAAAUCCCUCUCCCUUUCUCUUAAAUGAGAGAAAAGGAUGGAAGCGAUUUUCCGAGUGCGGAACUUGAACGGAACGGAUGAAUCCCUAAGAAACAACCUUACACCGUUGCCAAAUAUCCAAAGAGAAACGUGGCGCUUUAAACUUUAAAUACCUGACUUUAUUUUUCAAUUUUAACUACCUAGAAAAAAAAUUUAAGGGAUAAAAAUUUUGUAGAGUAUUUUAGAUAUUUUUCAUUAUUUAUGUAUUUUCUUUUUAGAUGAGAAUUCCCUAUUGUUUGCAUUUUGAUUUUUUUAUUUCUUAAUAUUUUUCAAUCAGGUUUUAGUAGAGAUACAGAAUAUAUGCACUAAUACAGAAGCAAAGUCAUUGUCGGAAUCUUUGCGAAGGUCAAAAUUUAAGUGACAGUUAAAGUUUCUGUAGUUUUUUACUUCCACUAGGAAAAAUGAUCAAGCUUAGUUAGUUCAGAUAAUACACUAAUAUUUAAAUAUCUUUAUCUUUAACAAACAAAUGUAUGGAAAAUCGAUUUAUGUAUGAUUUACGUCAAUUUCUUUCAUUAUUUCUAAAAAUUUAUGAGAUAUUCCAAGUUUUAAACUUAUCUUACUAAACUGUGACACAAAUAUCUUCUCUAAUUUAUAAAUGUAUAAUUACUCUUGUUGCAAUCAAAAUGUUUCCAGUUUUUCCCAUAGAAAAGUUUAAUUCUAAUUGUAAUCCUAUUUUUUAUUUCGUUUAAUCGUACUAUUUUUAAUCAGAGAAUCUUCAGUUGUUCUGUGUCCCAUUCUUAAUAUAAGAAAAAAAUUAUUACGUUGUUUUGUGAUGUUGUUGGCAUACUGAAAUUGACUCGACAAUGGGUAAUUUUUUAAUUAAAUAUUAUUUUGCUCAAAAUUUUUUAGGAACCAACUAUUUCUUUUUUUUUUAUAAAGUUGUUUUGUGAGAGUAGAAUUUUGACUAGGGGACUGGGACUGUAUCACCUACCAGUCUUGUCGGUUACAAGUAUAACUAGAGCCCGUAUGUUAAUAGAUCAUUUCAGUCCAGGUAUGGAUUUUACCUCGACAAAAUAUUUAUCGAUUUAGUGUUAAAAAUUUUCUGUGUAUAUUAAUUAAUAGAGCUCAAAUUAUAUUAUUGUAGACGUCAAAUUAGGGAGAAAGUGACGAUUUUAGAUAUAAUAAUACUCUCCCUAAUUCACCCCUUUACGAGUGAAUUUUAACCCCAAUAUUAUUAUUAUUUGCCGUGGCGCUCCGGGGCGACUUAAAUAUGAUAUCUAAUUACAAGAUUAAAACGACUAAACGAAUUUGUAUUUUUAAAUAAUUAUUCUAUCGACAAUAAUUAAAAAAAUAUUUUUUCUAAUCCGUUUGAGAAAACCCACUUUAUCGAUAAGGGUUGUUGAACGGUUGUUAAACGCAAAAAGGGGCCAAUUUAUGUUCCUAGUUGAAUUUUGUUUAUUAAGCUGUCAAUUUCGACUAAGAAAUUUUACGUUUUUAAAUUCAUUUAACCACGUUAGAGAAAUACUCACUCGCUAGUUGAGCCAAUGAACAUUAUAUUUAAUAUAUACCAAUGUAUUAUCCAGUUGUCACGAACCACUGCUAAUCGUCCAAAGAAAAUAUUGAUAAAUGUUUUAUCUAAUUUUGACAUAUAAUGUUGAACAUUAUGAAACUAGUUACGAAAAAUUCAUUAUGUCACCAGUUGCGAAAAGAAAACAAAAAAAUGAACCUUUUUUGUUAUAAAAUCAAUAAUAUACCUACAUUAUUAUUAUUAUUAUUGAAAGUUUAUAUCAAAGAAGGGAAAGUUGACUUAUAAAAAUAGAAUUUGUUUAAACUUACAACAUAGUAAUAAUAUUGUUUUGGUCCUUAUUUUCCAUUCUAAAUCAGCACAAAAUAGUUAAAACGCAAUAGAAGACAAAAUAACUCACUUUUUUGAAAACUAAAUAACUUUAAUAAGCAAUAUAAACACAAGUCGUUGAGAAUAAAUAAUGAAUAUGUCAAUAAAAUUAUGCAUAUGCAACAAGAAAGUAAUAUUGGUUGCCUAGAUGUCAGUUAUGUUUUCCCAAACACAAUUUUUAUAAAUAAUCUAAUCAAAAUUAGAAAAAAUAUUGUAUGUAACAUGUUAUGUUACUCGCUCAUGUUGCGGAACCUCGCUCUGCUCGUCCCGCAAAUACUCGUUACAUAAAAUAAAGCUAUUCGUAAAUACUUAUUAAACAACAAUUCUGAUUUUUCAUACUACCUGUAGUCUUCUGGAUCUUUAAAAGGUAAAGAAGUAGAUGUUUCCCAGGAAAACAUAAAUGUACCGUCUUUAAACAAUUACACAAUAUUUCUACAUUCUAUAAAGUAUGUCCGUAAAGUAUGGAAUAAAUUCAUUUUCAGCUAAAAUAUCAUUUUUUUAAUGAAAUUCUCGAAACAGGUAUAUUUUUAAUUUUCCACAUUUUGAAUAAAGUUAUAUAUAGGGCGAUGAACAUGACGUCAGCUACAAUUUUUUAAUGGGAAGCCUAUAUAUUAUUCAUUUUGGGAAUCGCUAUGGAAACCUAACUACAAAAAUUUAUCAUACAUAGGGUUUAUAAAUAGUUCGUCCGUUAAAUAUUCAAGGAAUAACUUUUGGAAAAACCCUAGAAACCUUCGAAUUUUAUUGUCAUUUGAGCAUUUUUUCAAAUGAAAUUAAUAAAUAAUUCUUGUAGGAGGAAUGACAUCCAUAUUUGUUUAAAUUCAACCCCAGUUUUCAUUACGGACGUAGUGAUAUAUUUUUGAAUUUAUCUUCCAUGACAAUUCCAAAAAUUGGAUAAUAUAUAGGGCGUCCCCUGUAUAAAUAUAUAACUAUUUGAUCAAAAUGUAGCAAAUUGAAAUUAAAAAUCGACCUGUUUCUGAAUUUAUUCCAUAAUUUACAAACGUCUCCGUGACGUCCGUGGAUGUUAUAUGAUCAUUUUAUGCAUAUGAAUUUUACCAUUGAUUAACUUAAAAUAUAAUGGAACACGAAAUGAAGACAAACUGAAAGUUUUAUCCCGAAAAAUCUGUUUAACUGCUAAAACAAAUGACAUAAUUCAGUUAUAAAUUCCAGAAUCCGAGAGGUGAUAAGAAACCCAAAAAAAAAUUUGGAAAAUGGUUUUGAAAAAAUCAGACGUUGAGGAUCCAUGUUGGUUGUUAAAAGACUCAAACAAUUAGGUAACGCUUCGGUGGUUUAAUGGUUAUGCCGUUGGGUCGGCAACCCAGGUUCGCGCUUCGAGCCCUGCUCAGAGUGGAUUUUUUCAAAAUAAUUUUUCUUUGGUUUGUUGUUAUCACUCCUCUGAAUCUGGAAUUACUAUUUUCACUUACAUAUGGAACAGUUAUUUAUAUUUAUUUUAAAUUUUAAUAGUUAUCACAUAUGUAUAUAGUGUACAAUGCAGAAUAGUCUACUGUGUAGUAUAAGUGUAGUUAGAACAUACCCAGUAUUUUCUAUAACUGCCAAAUUUAUAAGAUUAAUUUAUGUAUAAAAUAUCAUUUUAGUAUAAAUAAAUGUUUGCAUGCGUACGGUGUGCUGAAUCCACACCUUUUUUUGACUUAUGAGCUCUGACAUAGCGGCCCUGAUCAUCAGCAAAAAAAUUGAUCCCCAAAAAUUUGCUAGCUUUCGGUUCUGCAUUAGUGUAUAUUCUGUGGUAGAAACCUUAAAUCAUUGCACAAAUUUUAUUCUAUUUCAUUGUCUUGUUAUAGAAAACUUUUUCUUUUUACCAGUAGUUUCCUAAUAAAGAUUUUUGAUGACUUGCAGGUUUACUAAUAGAAUUUGUAUCAAAUUAUAUUAUAUGAUAUUAAACUAAUUUACUUAAUUUUUAUCUAUAAUAUUGAGUACAACCGAUAAAAUAUUCUAGAAUUCAAUGUACCUACAUAGAUCCUGAAUAACUACUUUAAUAUAUUUUUUUAAUAAAAUUUGUAAAUAUGGGUGUAAACAUAUUUAGAUUGUAAUUGGUGAUUGAUUGUAUUUUACUGUUGUUUAAAUUAUUUUGUAAUAUUUUUUUGAAUAUUUAUUAAAUAUGUAUUUGCUUAGUUAUUAAUUAACUAUAGCUGAGGUUGUUACGUUUGUCAAUCUGAAUUGUUUUGGGUUCAAUAAAAGUAUAAAAAUAAAUAUGGAUAAAAGCAUUUUUAUUACACCACAACUUAAAACUGUGUUAUUGAAAGCAACGCUUUAUAUACUUUUUCUACAUUAAUGCAAAAAACAAAACUUUAUUGAACUAUAUUUAGUGAAAAAACUGGUUCUUUAUUGCACUCAUCUGUCAUUUUACUACAGCGUUUUAUGAUCAUGACAAACAUAAAUAUUCAAAUCAACGCCAAAUAUUUAGUCCAUUUUCAUUUUCUGUGUUACGUUUUAAAAACAAUUGCAUAUUUUAUAUUAUUUUCAAUCAUUUAAUAUAUAAAUUAAUAAAAAAAUGUAUUUUAUUAAAAAUGGCAUUACAAAUUAUGAACACCAACGUAAAUAAAUGCCUCAAAGAAAGGUACACGAUCACGGCUACUAUGAUAUGGAUAAUACAACUG